AUGAUUCUUACUGAUCGUUCUCUUGGUCACGAAUCAACGCGUCGUCGUGGAUUUGAUUUUGUUAAUGAUCAAUCAACAUUACCUCGUCGAUCAAGUCGACAUACAUCUAUUGGUCAUCACAGUGUAUUUCAUGAUCCAUUACGUAGUAGUACUGGUUCUAUAUCAUAUGAUGCUGAUCCAAAUAGAUCAUCUGUUGUUAGUUGUCUUAUACCCGCUAGUAUAGCUGUUGUGUCCAGAGCAUUUUCUCGACCGAUCGAUGAAGAGUUAACUCAAGAAGAACAAUUACAAAUAUCAAAACAUCCUGAUUAUGAAUCAACUGAACGUGUUGUUAUAAAUGUAUCGGGUUUAAAAUUUGAAACACAAUUACAAACAUUAAAUAAUUUUCCUCGUACACUUUUGGGUAAUCCAUCACGACGUGUUCGAUUUUUUGAUCCAUUACGUAAUGAAUAUUUUUUUGAUCGAAAUCGACCAAGUUUUGAUGCUAUUCUUUAUUAUUAUCAAUCGAAUGGUCGACUUAGACGACCAAAUCAUGUACCAAUUGAUGUAUUUACUGAAGAAAUCAAAUUUUUUGAAUUAGGUGAAGAUGCAUUUAAUAAAUUUCGUGAAGAUGAAGGUUUUAUUAAAGAAGAAGAACGUAUAUUACCUAAAACAGAAUUUCAACGUAAAGUUUGGCUUUUAUUUGAAUAUCCUGAAACAUCUCAAUGGGCACGUGUUGUUGCAAUUAUAUCUGUUACUGUUAUUCUUAUGUCAAUUGUCAUAUUCUGUCUUGAAACACUUCCUAAAUUUAAACGUUAUCGUGUUCGACCAGCGGAUAAUACAUCUUAUGAUUCAUCUCGUUUAACAAUUGAAGAAGAUGAUAUUCCUGAAUUAACAGAACCAUUUUUUAUCAUUGAAACAUGUUGUAUAGUAUGGUUUUCAUUUGAAUUAAUUGUUCGUUUAAUAUCAUCACCAAUGAAACUUGUCUUUCUUAAAUCUAUGAUGAAUAUUAUUGAUAUUGUUGCUAUUGUACCAUAUUUUAUAACAUUAUUUACAAUAUUAGCUGAAGAAAAAACAAAAUCAAAUCAAGCUAUGUCAUUAGCUAUACUACGAGUUAUACGUCUUGUUCGUGUUUUUCGUAUAUUUAAAUUAUCUCGACAUUCAAAAGGUUUACAAAUCUUAGGACAAACAUUACGUGCAAGUAUGCAAGAAUUAGCAUUAUUAAUAUUUUUUCUAUUUAUUGGUGUUAUAUUAUUUUCAUCGGCGGUCUAUUUUGCUGAACAAAGUGAACCAGAAUCAUUUUUUAAAUCUAUACCUGAUGCAUUUUGGUGGGCAAUGAUUACAAUGACAACUGUUGGAUAUGGAGAUAUGCGUCCUGUUGGUAUAUUUGGUAAAAUUGUUGGUUCAAUGUGUGCUAUUGCUGGUGUAUUAACAAUAGCUUUACCUGUACCUGUUAUUGUAUCAAAUUUUAAUUAUUUUUAUCAUCGAGAUAUCGAUUCAGAAGAACAAAAAGAUAUAAAAUAUUCAACUAGUCCUGGUAGUUCAACUCCACCUAUUGGUGAUAUGAUUAAUAAUGAACAAUUUGCAUUAACAAUGUCAACAAGUGUUGGUGGUGGUACACAAAAGAAAAAAUCUGUUUCAUCAGCAGAUACUUAUCAUCAUUUUGAUGAAUCCGAUACAUUUCUUCAUUCAUAUGGUGCUGCUGAUGAGUUAACAUUUCGUACAUCAACUGCCAAUCAUAAAAAUAUAAGAACUUCACCGACACAACAAUUAAUACAACGGAAAACAUCAUCAACAAAUAAUAAUAAUAAUAAUCUUCAUAGUCAUAAUUUAAAUUCAUCAAAUGAACCACUUAAUGUUGAAACAGAUGUAUAG